GUUGGGGCCGGCUACCAGUUCUUUGCAGGGUGCCUGACGGUCGCGGGACGGGUGGUGACGACGGCGGCUGAACUGGAGCUCCACGGCAUCACCAACGUGACGACGGUUGCUGUGUGCGGUGAGUGCACGAAGGACGGCGACUGCUUUGCCCCGCUGACGACGGCUGUCAGCGGCUGCAAUUGCCAGUGCGCUGCUGGAGGGCAUGGCGAUGUGUGCGUCCCGGCGCCUGUGCCUGCUGGCCCUCCGCCGCCGCCACUGCCCACGCCGCCGCCCACGCCGCCACUGCCCACUUUGCCGAUUGGUGAGUGCAUCAGCGACAUGGUGUACCCCGAGGUGGCGCAGGCAGUGGGCGGCGGGCUGUCGUGGCUGUGCUACCGCAACGUGACGUUCAGCGGGGGCGGCAUGAGCCUGACGGUGCUGAUUGGCGCGAUGACGGGCGACGUGGCAAACGUCACGUUCGAUGGAUGCACGUGGAGGGACGGCGCCGUGCUGUUGCUCUUGGGCAAUGCGUACGCUGCUGUGGGGUCACUGAACAUCGUCGUCACCGGCAACACGUUUAUUGACGCGCUGCUCAGCCCGGAGGGUGUGUUCCCACCGCACACGAACAUCACCAUAAGUGGGAAUCGCUUUACGGUCACGAGGCUGAUCCCUAGGUCUGGUUUGGACCUUAGGGGACCGUCGUGUGUUGCGAUGAAUGAUCUGGUGAUUACCAACGACUCCGCGGUGGUGCUCAGCGGCAAUGUGUUUCAGACCGUGAGGGCAUUGUCAAGCGCCAUCCGCGUUCUCAGAUCUGCGCUGAGGGUGUCGUGGCACUCCGUGUUUGCGGUGGUGGGCAACGCGUUUCAUAUGUACGGCGGUAACGGUACCUUGAUAUAUCUUGAGGGGUCUAGCCAAUCCUCAUCGCUGAAUGUAAUUAACAACUCUGCCGUGGUGAUUCGAGGCAACGUUGUGACGAGUCCAGUGAGGCGCUUCAUGUCACUUUUCUCGUCAACCCAUGUAGAGUCCCAGUCAGCGGUUGUGUUUCAGGGCAACGACAUGCAGGGAAGCUCGGUUGUGUUUUUCCCAGGCUACUCCUCCAACAUCUACUACAACUCCUGGCUGCAGUUGAGCGGCAACCUCUGCCAUGAAUCCCCAUCGGAAGCUUUUGCCUACAUAUACCCCAGGUUGAAUCUCCGCGACUCCACGGUCUCUGUUUCCGGCAACCAAUUCAUGUCCAGCACGGUUACGCCGAGAGUGCUGUGGAUAAUUUCAGGGUCUGACGACCUCACAAACGGCGUGGUUGUGGUUGCGUGCAACACCGUGAACGGCGAGGAGGGGGUGAGAUACAGCAUCCCAUCCGCGUACAAUGCCACCAUUCUGACCUGCAGCGACCCAUGCACCCUUGCGGCGUCGUGCUUCCCCGCGUACACGACGACGGCGUCGAGUGAUGGCUGCGCCUGCACGUGCGCUGAGGGCGGCCACGGCGAUGCGUGCCUGCCCGUUGCUGUCCCCGAGCCACCGAGUACCGACGGCGCCGACUUGUGCGUGCGGGACGUGCGUGUGGAUGUGGAGGUGAACGUCGGUCUUGGGACGUCGGUGGCGUGCUACGUUGGUGUGACCUUUGCGGCGGACGUCGUGGUGGACGUGGAGUUGAUGUCAGGGAGCGUGCGCAACGUGACGCUGGCGAACUGCACUUUUUUGGACGGAGCGAGCCUGUACGUUGUCGGGUGGCGGUCCGACCCGCCUGCUGGCCAGUGUGCUGUUGUGUUGAUCAGCGGGCUUGAGUCGCGCUCCGGCGGCGGCGUGGUGGUGGCGAACCGAUACCCGCCGGGCUCGCGCGUCACUGUGGUGGACUCGGUGCUGAUUGCGGAGGCGCGUGUUGCGUACCGCGGCGCCUACGACCUUGGUGACGCGUCCGCGUGCCUCGUGUUACACAACGUGAAUCUGACGGGGAGCGUGCUGAACGUCGCGCGCACGCAAUUGGCGGCGGUGUUCCGCGACGCUGUUGGCGUGUUGGUGGUUGGCGGCGUGGCGCUGUCGUCGCGCGGUGCGCUGUACGUGGACGGGCUUUUUGUGCAGACGGCGCUGGGGCUGUGCGUGUCUGUGGAGGGCGGUGUUGCGGCAAUUGGCGGCUCUGUUGCGGCGUUUGUUGACAGCCACUUCCUGCUGUGCAAGCACGCGGUGUCUGUGCGUGGGGCUGUGAGCGUGUCGGGCUCCGCUGUGGUACUUGUGCGGAGCGACUUUGUGUCGACGGGGGACUACGCGGUGGCGUUUUAUUCGACGGUGAGCCUGGCCGGCGGGUCGAUGCUGCUUGCGAAGGGCAACGUGCACGACGGCGUCUCGAGGGAGAUGCUCUACGCCGCUGGUGCCGUGAACGCUGCUGGGAGCACGCUGAGCUUUGUGCGCAACCGAGCACUGUUGCCGCGGAUGCUGUCGCUGAGCCUGUCGCUUGUGGCUGGGGCGCAUUUGAGGGUGGCGUGCAACGACGCUGGUGGAAUUGUCCUGUCGACGGCGGAGGAGUACGCAGCGGCUGGUUUUGGCGACGCUGGGAGGAUUGACGUUGUUGGGUGUGACGCCUGCGACAGGGACACGCACUGCUACGCUUCCGGGACGGCGUCGGCGAGCAUGAGGAGCGGUGUGUGCGUGUGCGUGUGCGGCAGCGGCGGGUACGGCGAGGCGUGCGUGCCUGUGGGUACUCCCGUGCUGCCGCCUGCUGCGGGCACUGCGUCGAGCGUGUUUGUCCGCGAGGGCGUGACGGUGCGGUCGGUGUUCGUUGUGCCUGCCGGCGUGAGCGAGGUAACGCUGCGCCACGUUGUGCUGGACGGCGUGAGUCCUGUGCUGUACGUGCCGUGGAUGGCGCGGGACGGCGUGCGGAUCGUUGUGCAGAACGUGUCUCUGCAGAAUGGCGCCGUGCUGUACGUGAUGGGCGGUGGGGCGUUGCGCGGUGCGGGAGCGGCGGGGAGCGACGAGAGCGGUCCGGUGGAGCUGUCGGUGUGCGAUGUGGAGGCGCUGAACGGUGCGCUUGUGCUGACCGGCACGUUUCCCGCGGGGUCCGUGCUGACGGUGACCGACUCCCUGCUGGUUGCCGCGAGGUUGACGCCGCUUGUGUAUCUUCCCGGCUUGCAGUCUUCACCGCACGCACCGCUGCUGGUGCUGUCGGGCCUGCGGCUCGUGCGGUCCGUGCUGGUUGUGUCCGGCGUGGCCCUCGUGACCGUGAUGACUGGUGGGCGGACGGUGGUGGUGGACGGCGCCGUGCUGGAGCUUGUCGGUGGCGGUGUCGCGCUGGACGCGGAUGUGUUCGGUGGCGACUAUGCGUUGUACGCGAGUGCGCGCGUGGUUGCGUCGGGGGGCGCUGUGCUGCGCGUGUCGGGGAGCCAGGUGUACGCCGCGCAUGGAUUGGUGUUUGACGGCGGGGUGGUGGCCAACGCGUCCGCCGUCGUAGUGAACGACAACGCCGGUGCGCUGACCGGUGGCGCGCUGCUGGUGCUGCGGGGGUCGGCGUUGUUUGUGUCCGGGUCGUGGCUGUCGGUGCGCGGCAACAGCAUCAGCGGCAGGCUCCUGUCGCUGCCGUCGUACCCGCGCAGUGCGGAAUUUGUGCAGAGCACGCUGACGCUCCACGGGAACGCUGGCAGCGGGGCCGUCGUGAUGGACGGCACCGUUGCGCUUGGGGGCGCCAGUCGAAGGUUCGUCGUGGGGUGCCUGGCGCUCAACGGGCAGGCGCUGGAGCCGAUGGACUACAGGUCUGCCGGCAUUAUCGGGGAAUUCCGUCCUGUGGCGUGUGGCAUGUGCGACGCCGACGUGCACUGCUUUGCAGCAGCGACGAGGGCGAUGUCGGGGUCGUGCCGCUGCCGCUGUGCUGAGGGCGGGUACGGGCGCGACUGCCUGCCGGUGUACCUGCCGCACGUGGACGGGUGCAACCGCACUCCCGGCAUGCCGCUGCUGAGCCACACGGCAACGCUGACGGAGACGCACAGCCUGACGCCAACGUGGACGCCGAGCCUGAGCACGGCGCACUACAGUCCGACGCAGCACGGGCCGACGGAGACACUGCAGGUGACGC